GUUUUAACACCGAUGUCAGAGUUCAAACUAUAGCGAGUGCUAUCUGUCAGUACCUCCACGCUCCUAAAUAGCAGGAAUCACUCCGCUGCACGAAGUGGGGCCCGUGGCAUUAGUGGUUCUGUGUUCUGGACCGUUUUCUUGUGAACGCUUAUAGUUCAUGUGUAGAGUCAGGUGCUUACAUAGUGGGCACCGCACAGUAAGUAGUAGACUGCUGUGCGAGCGAUAUAGACAUAUUAAGGUUCUUUUCUCCCCGGCUAAGGCACGAGGCAUGAGUCGGGCAGAUAAGAGCAGAUGACACGGUUUCCUUUCUGAAAUUGUGGUUGUUUGAACUUUGCAGAGAGCGGUCGUGAUCAGUGUGCAUUGUGCGGUUGAACCUCUACAAACAUGGCGAUGACACCCGUUAGCCAGACGACCCCGGUAGUCAACACAUGGCAUGAUCCCAGCGAGGAAUUGAACAGCCCGACCCAACAGCAGCCUCCGCCGCCGGUGCCCGUCAACGUAACCCCGGUGCAACCUGUGGCACAAACACCCGCGGGGGUGCCCGCAACCCCAACUUCUCCUACCACCCCACAGCAGCCUCCUCAGCAGCCAUCACAGCAGCAGCAACAGGGGCAAGGGCAGCAGCAGGGCCAGACCCCGGGUUCACAGACGCCUUCGGGGGAGAAUAAACAGCAACAUAUCGAGUGUGUGGUGUGCGGAGACAAGAGCUCAGGCAAACACUACGGGCAGUUCACGUGUGAGGGAUGUAAGAGUUUCUUCAAAAGAUCCGUGCGUCGUAAUCUGACGUACACGUGCAGAGGCAGUAGGAAUUGUCCCAUUGACCAACAUCAUAGGAACCAAUGCCAGUACUGCCGGCUGAAGAAAUGUUUGAAAUCGGGAAUGAGACGAGAAGUCCAACGCGGUCGCAUUCCGCCCACCCAGCACCCGGGCUUCCCCGGCCAGCUCGCACUGACCAACGGUGACCCACUCAAUGGACAUACGUAUUUGUCUAGCUUUAUAUCCAUGUUGCUACGAGCAGAACCCUAUCCAACAUCUCGGUAUGGACAGUGCAUGCAGCCCAAUAAUAUUAUGGGCAUAGAAAAUAUUUGCGAACUGGCAGCACGGUUAUUGUUCAGCGCGGUCGAAUGGGCGAGAAAUAUCCCGUUCUUUCCGGACUUACAAGUCACAGACCAAGUGGCGUUGUUGCGGCUAUGUUGGAGUGAAUUAUUCGUACUGAAUGCUGCCCAGUGUAACAUGCCCCUUCACGUGGCCCCCCUUCUAGCUGCUGCCGGCCUCCACGCCUCCCCAAUGGCGGCGGACAGGGUCGUAGCUUUCAUGGACCAUAUCCGCAUCUUUCAAGAACAAGUGGAAAAAUUAAAAGCUCUUCACGUGGAUUCAGCAGAAUAUAGUUGUCUAAAGGCAAUAGUCUUAUUCAGUUCAGAUGCUUGCGGCCUAUCCGAUCAAGGUCAUAUCGAAAGCCUUCAAGAAAAAUCCCAGUGUGCUUUGGAAGAGUACGUUCGCAGUCAGUACCCAAACCAACCCACUCGCUUCGGUAAGCUCUUACUACGCUUACCCUCGCUUCGCACUGUCAGUGCCCAAGUUAUUGAACAGUUAUUCUUUGUACGACUGGUAGGGAAAACUCCAAUUGAGACUCUUAUACGGGACAUGCUCUUAAGUGGCGGGUCUUUUAAUUGGCCCUAUAUGGCUAUUCAAUAGAAGAGGCCAAACUUUAAAAAAUUCUUUUGAAUUCCAUCGUUCUGAGAAUUUUUCUUACUUGACAGAAAGCUCAAAACUUUGGCGCAUGCGCUAAAUGAACGGUGCCAAGAAGGGGGCCAUUUUGAUCAUGUCUUACUGCAGGCUUUGGUCUAAUGGAAUGGAAACAUUUCUGCACAGAGAGUACAAUACAAGGCGUCACUUCGUAUAAUAAUAAUAAUAAUAAUAAAAACUUCUACCCUAUGUGCCACUUUAGCAUAACAACCACUGGAGAGGAGUUAAUAAUAUUGUUUGCACAAUUCACUACACAUGGGGAUGUUGAGGGUACCCCCAAAACAAUCAGACCUUGAUAUUUAUAUGCAUUUCCAAGUAGUCUUUCAUAAAAGGAGCAGGAACGACAUCUUCAACUGAUCCAAUGGCAGCCAUGUUUUUUACUAACUGAAUUUAAGAUGCGAGAUAUUGUACAUUUUUUCAUGUGCGGAGAGAGCAGUAUUUGGAUGCUUGAAAAGUGCAUGCACGAAGCAAACACUGGAAUCAAGGAAUAAUCUGCAAGAUAUUUGUAAGAUGAGAUGCUGUGUAACAGCAAACUUUACGUGGUCCAAGGAACUUUUUAAGCCUAGAUAGUGGGCAAAAAACGUUCGGUAAGACUAUAGAAGGUCUCUAAGAAGGAUAAAGGGUGAGAAGUAUGUGCAAGCUGACUUACAGUUACACACUGCCUUGAAAAGGAAAGAAAAGUUUACUUUUUAUCACUCACAUUUUUGUGUGUUUUGAACACUUACUAAAUGUUUUCAUUGUGUAACAUAAAACAUCGGUGUUUUUAAUAUUAAAUAAUAAUUAAUGAUAAAAACAAAGGUUCCAAAACCUUUUUUGAAUGCAUAAUCGUCUAGCAGAUUCUUGAGUACCGUUUGUUUAGACAGUGUUUGUGUGUAGUGUUACAACGAUGGACAAGAAACUGAUAGGUGAAUAUUGUGUUGAUAAUCGUGUCAGUUGUUAAGAUAGGAACUGUUGGUUUGAUGUGAUUCGUGGCAAAGAUGGACAGUAUCAAAUGCUCUCUCCAAGUCCCCUACCAUUAAAUGAAUGACGUAGAUAUCAGGGACAAAAUCACUUGCUUCAGUCUUCUAUUUUAGACAGCCACAUACAACAUUUUAAAAACAAACCGAAGUGUCACAAAACCCUUUAUAUAUGACGGUGAUAUAGCACUUAACCAAAAUGAGAAUUUCCAGGAUUUUAGAAGCCCACUAUAUGUGUAAGAUAGAUAUAAUGUUUUAUUUUUAAUUUACCUAUGUAAGUAAAUAUUUGAUUAUUAUAAAUAAGAGACCUUGUUUAUAAGAUAAUUAUAUGUACGAAAUUUCAAAUGCAGAGUAGAUUAUUAGGUGUUGAAAAAUGUCUAUAUAUAGCAAGGCCAAUGCAGAAAACAUCAAUAUAUAUUAUCUAUUAUAUAUCUUCAUGUUUGUGUGUCGUCGUUUAUAUUCUAUGUGGUUCAAAACCAAGACUUGCAUAAGACAUUUUAAGUUAGUUGCACAACCAGCAUUUUUGUUAAGUUUUGCUUAACUUUUAGUAUUUUCUGUCAUUACAUUUCUGAUUAAGGAUUGCGUCAUACCUUGUCCUCUAAGGAAAGACUACAAGCACGCUAUAGCUUAAAGCUAUGCAACGAUGAGAUUAUGACACAAUUUGGUAAAAUAUUUGUACUGAAGUGCUGUGCGAAGGAGAAAAUGCUCAGAUUAUUUGUUUGUUAUUGGUAGGAUUACGGUUGAAUUGUUGGAAUUGUGUAUAAAUAACAACAAGCGAGGCUGGCCGGGUAGCAAGGCGCUCGUCAGCAGCAUAAUUUCGUGCUGAAUUAUUCUCAUUUUUGGUGCUCACUCAAUUCGUAAAAUGUAUUUAAGGAAAAGUUGAAUAGUAUCAUUGAAAACAUUGCGCACGUAGUGUGGCCGAAAUUUUUGUUGGAUGUGAAGUGAGUAUGGCUUGGCCAUAGUAAUAUAGUAAUUUUGACUAACGAUCUCAGCCGUAUUUGGUUAUAUCAAAACACGCAAUUAGACAGGUUGGCACUAGAAGCUAAGUUUCUGUAAUAGAAAAAAAUAUCAGAGAUAUUGUAUCCCGUAGAUAUGUUUAGAUAUUGUAAUUGAAACAUUCACAGAUUGCCCUAGCUUUGCCACUCUCGUCUUGUGUUCCCAUCUCAUUAUUAUUAUUAAGUGAUUUUGUAUUUCUGAGUGCUGAGCCUUGACCGCUUCAGUGGAGAACCUUCAUACUACUAUAGGUUUAUUAAGAAUUGCUAUCAGCAUUUGAAAGGAGACUUUUCUUAAUACGAAGACUAAAUGUUAAUUUUUGUUUCUUUAUUUUUCUCAAUUUUUGUGUUGCGGAAUAGUGUGUCGUCCAAGACGACUUUUCAAGUCUUACAACAAUCAUCUUUUGCAUUUCCCAUGUUUCUGUUGCUUCAUUAAAAUCUGAGUUUGAAAACUCUA